UGUCCGAGGGAGGAAGAUCGUAGCAUUGGAAUCUGUAGCUAUGGGUUCUGGCGAUACGUGUGGGUUCUAGUCGUCCGGAGCCUGUCAAAACAGAGUCCCUUAUGACUAGUGUGUCCACAAAGCUGCUGGUGGACCAAGGUGGACUGCAACUUCCUCAGUGACUAUGCCAUAAUGGUAGACUGUCCGGGCAGUCUCCAGCAGCUGGUAGUGGAGUUUAUUGCCAGCCACGUGAAGGAGGUCUGCACAUCACAGUUCUCCCUCACAGAAGACACAUACAAACUCUACUUCAGGGACUCCAAUGCAUUUUUUCACCAGAAGGUUGCCAAUCUGCUGCUCCGCACACUGGACAGGAAGGGUUUGCUCAAUGAUUUAAGCAUGACUCUGUUUGACCCUGUGGCUGUUCGGCUCAGCCAAGUUAACCUUCACAAUGCCAAUAAUAUUACUUGCAAGGGACUCAAAGUGCUUAAGAGUCACCAGAUACAGUCAGUGGAAGUGAAAAACCUGUCCAAGGUGUCUGUGGAUGAACUGAUCAGCUGUUUUGGUGAGUGGACUCUUAAUAACAUCCAGGAACUGAGUGUUAGUGGCUCCUCCUUCUCCUCGACUCAUUCGCAGAAGGGCGGUGUGUGUCCCAGACUCUACGUGGGGCUCAGCAAGCUCAGGAACCUUCAUGUGCUCAAUGUCAGUGGCACCAAGCUGGCCUCACACGCACUCCUCAAUAUCUGCACCGACCUGCACCACCUCUCCUCCCUGGAUAUCUCAAACUGCAUUGAGCUGGAGUCGGUGGAGUGCCUAAGGGUGAGAGCCAAUACCCUGCGUUCCCUCAGCAUGUACAACCUUAAAGUCCUGCGUGUCAAGGAGACUGGAGAUGUGCUGAGGGAACUGAAGGAGCUUGUGCACCUUGAUGUCAGCGAGAACAAGGGUACCCAUGAUGCAGUAGCGCGCCUCAUUCCCUCCUGCUCUGUUGUCCCUGGCCUCCUGAGGGACCCUGCGUUUGGGUGUAAACUUCGCUCUCUAGACAUCUCAGGGCAGGACCAGACCCAGCCAGAGGACCUGUAUGUGUUCCUGAAGGGUCACCCACACCUUGAGUUCCUGGGCCUCAUGUUUACUUCUCUCUGUCUCGAUACAGUCUUCCUUGAUGGAUAUAAUAUUACAGUGACAGGUGUGGCGCGAGCAGACCAACUGGUGGAGGCCCUGCGGAGAUACCCCACCAGGAUAGAAUAUGUACCGAAAAUACUCUACAAGAUAUUCAUGCUUACUUCACAUUUUGAGACGCCACGGCCGGAUGUUAUUAAGUUGAUCCUGCCAGUGAUGAACACCCACAGCACCCAGAGUGCCAUACAGCUGGCAGGCACAGCAUGCCUCUACAACCUGACCAAGGGGCGGGUCGGGGAACAAAUCCAUCCACACGUCCUGCGGGACAUGGUGCACACCACGCUGACUGCCAUGAGCAACUUCCCUGAACAUGCACAGCACGUGCCUCGCUGUCCACCUCCUAGUCAAGGACGUCAUCAUCCACCUGCACUUCCUCUGCUUCCUCCACUUCCACGGGACCGUCCACAUCCUCUUCUGCUACAAAAAAACGGCCUUUUAACUCUGUGCUGUGAUCGCAUCCUACAUGAAGUCUCCUUUGACAAGUAUUGGUGUGCCAGACUAGUCCUCGAUUGUCUCCUCACAUUCCACGAUCCCUCCACUGACCGCAUGGCUGUUGCUAUCUGCUCAAUCAUCGCAGCUAAGAUCUCCACUGCCCAGACCACUCUUCUUGGUGCCAGGAGUGAAUACAUGCAGAAGCUCCUUGCUCUAGUCAAACGGCGAAUGGAGGAGAAGAUGGUUGAUAUGACGCUAAAGUUUACUCUCUCAGCCUUGUGGAAUCUAACAGACGAGUCUCCUGCGACAUGCGAGGUGUUCCUGAAGGAGAACGGACUUGAGUUAUUCCAGCAGCUGCUCAAAGUGUUUGCCAAGGAUGCUGCUGUGGAGACCAAGGUGCUGGGCCUCCUCAACAACAUUGCUGAGGUGUCUCCCCUCAGAGGUGCUCUUAUCAACAAGAAUUUCCUCUGUCAACUAGAACUGCUGCUGUGGUCUCCCAAUGUUGAUGUGAGUUACUUUGCUGCCGGCAUAGUUGCUCAUCUAGCGUGUGCCAGCAAAGACUCCUGGAAGGACCCCAACACUGUGCGAGAAAACCUUCUUGAGGAACUAGGCAAGGUGGUGAUCAGCUGGGAGCAGCCGAAGGAAGAGAUGGUAGCAUACCGUUCCUUCCAGCCCUUCAUCCCGCUCCUCACUGCCCUCAACAUGUACCAGGUGCAGCUGUGGGCUGUGUGGGCACUGCACCAUGUCACCACCAAGAACAGCAAGCGGUACUGUCACAUGCUGGUGAAGGAAGGUGUUGAUGAUGUUCUGCGCAACCUGGUGACAGUGCCGGACUCUAAUGCCUCAGUCAGGGAACUUGCCAGCCGAGUGGUGGACGUCCUGCAGGAAAACGGCUUCAACAACAAAAAUCUAUAAUGCAAAUCUUAGACUUACUAUUUUUCAUGAGAUUCUUCCUGUGGGAUCUGAAGUCUCCUAGAUCCUUCCCCCCCCCCCCCUCCCUCUCUCUCUCUCUCUCUCUCUCUCUCUCUCUCUCUCUCUCUCUCUCUCUCUCUCUCUCUCUCUCUCUCUCUCUCUCUCUCUCUCUCUCUCUCUCUCUCUCUCUCUCUCUCUUUGCUGCCUCGCCCUUCUUAUGUUAUUUUUAGUUUUUAUUUAUUUAUUUUUCCUCCCACUUUGUUAUCUGUGUUUGUUGAGUCUCCGCUGCCUGGUGAUGAGUGUUGCUGUGCUGGCAUGUGUUGUUUGUUGGUUACUCUGGGACUCCUGGUGUGUUUGGGUGUUCCUGGCUGUCCCCUCGUGGCAGCAACUUUGGAAAAAUAUUGGUCAAAGGGACUCAAGUGAAUAUAUUGAAGGAAUGGCCAGGAUAAACAUCACUGAAGAUUGUCAGAUGGUGGGUCUGAGCAAAAUGAAUCAAGAUAAUUGGGUGGUGGUGGAGAGAAGAGCAAUAGUAAGGUAGUGGUGAUUGCAGCCAUGGAGUGAGACAUGGGACUUCGUGGUCACUGGUAAAGCUUCAAGUGCAGGAGACAGCAGUGCACUGAAGUCUAAGGAUUGGGGCACUGAGAAAGGUAUUAGGAAAUAUAUUAGGGAGAAGAGGCAGCUGUAACACAUUAAUUCAAGUAUGUAGUGUGGUGAAAAGUUGUCUAAUAUAAAUGAUAAAUGCAAAAUAA